GUUACGUCGUGGUCUUUAUCUCAUCUCCUUUUUCAGAGGAAAACAAAGCCAGUUAACAUUGGAUGUCGGUAGAUUAGCAUUAGAAAAUUGUGUCGUUACCCGAAUUGUAACCGCACACCAGACCAACACAGCAGCAUUUAACGGCAGUGGCAAACUUGAAGGUCCAACAGCUCUCCUAAUGAUACAUCAGCAUUAAGGGUAUUUCCAUACUUCCUAAGGAUGGCUAGUUGUGGGGAGGUAGACCACUCUGUUAGCUCGCUUCCAUCCAGUAAGAAAGGCAGCAGCAGUGGUGGAGGAAGUGGGAACAGUGCUGAAUCGUCAUGCGCCGGCUCCAGCAACUCAUCUCCAGCACUUUCGGUACCGGAGUGUGCCAUCUGUCUGCAGAGCUGCGUCCACCCAGUCCAGCUACCAUGCCAUCACGUCUUCUGUUUCCUGUGUGUGAAGGGAGCAUCCUGGCAGAGCAAACGCUGUGCCCUCUGCAGACAGGAGGUACCCGAUGACUUCCUGGAAAGGCCAACACUUCUGUCUCCGGAGGAGCUGAAGGCAUCAGCAGGAGGCCGGGCCGGGGCAGCAAGUGAUCACGCCUGGUAUUAUGAAGGCCGUAAUGGUUGGUGGCAGUAUGACGAGCGAACCAGCCGCGAGCUGGAGGACGCUUUCUCUAAGGGCAAGAAAACAGCUGAAAUGCUGAUUGCUGGUUUUUUGUACGUAGCCGACUUGGAGAACAUGGUGCAGUACAGACGCAAUGAGCAUGGUCGUAGACGCAAGAUAAAGAGGGACGUUUUGGAUAUCCCCAAGAAGGGAGUGGCGGGCCUGCGUUUGGACACUGAGGCUGUCGCUGGGGCUAUAGGGGCAGCUGGUCGUGAACACUCUGCGGAUGGGGCUGAUACCACAUUGGCUGGUACACAGCAGCAGGUCACAGGUAUCCCCUCCACUGUUACAGCCAGACCCCCCACCUCCCUCGGUGGUCAGCCCGGCAGCAGCAACAGCCCCACCCUGGAGGAUGCUCUCUCCCAGCUGCAAGUCAGCCCCAGGCCCACACCCUCCAAUGAGCGGUCUGAGACAGGGGAAGGAGAGGAAGAAGACGAGGAAGAGGAGGCCUCGCCCUCCAGGUCCUCUGACCCUCUCACAUCCGUGGACGAGUCUGGCUCUGGAGACUGGAGCGACGAUGAGGAUGAAGAGGAGGAUGAGGAAGAGGGUGGGGGAGAUGGAGAGCGGGUGGAGCCCUGGGAGGAUCGGCCACGGAGGCAAAGACUGAAUCCAGAGAACAGAGCCCCUCCAGGCGCUGAGUCCGCCUCUCCCCCUUCUUCAUCCAGUAGCAGUGGGAGGUCCAGAAUGCCUGACGGCCAGUGUACAGUGACUGAAGUGUGAAGUCCGCCAUGAUACCAUCACCACCAAAUGGCCAUGUUCCAUUUCAUUAAUUUAUUCCUCGCUGUAUGCUGUCACGGAUCAGAUGUGGAUAGAUUGCUCAGUAAAAGAGAGAUUAGGCCUAACAUACUCCCAUGUUUUUAGGUAAACAACCACAUUUUAACAAUCGAAUUUGGUGCCUCUAUUUGGCUCACAAGGCUGUGUGUGUCUGUAUGAUUUGGCAGUCAAUAAAAACCCAGCCAGUAUAAAUAAUGUUGGGUUUAACGUUUUAGUACAGAAACAAGAGGUACAGCUUGGUAAUGAGUCAGAUGCACACAGCAUGUUGAUAAGAGCCAUGACCUCUCAUAACUGUCUUUAUCCAGCACAUGAUGUGAGGUAACACACCAACUGUGGGUCACUUUUGGCCAUUUGGUUGCAGGCAGAUACAGUGUUCAUUUUAAAAUCCAGAAAAGUGGAGGCUAAAACUUAAACCUGACUUGCCUAUCCUAGAUAUUGUGUUGAAAUGGAUUAUCCCAAUACCCAGAAGGUUGCUGGGAAUUCUUAGCCAGAUCUGUGACAUUCGAGGGUGAACGCAUAAUGGGGUAGUUACUCUGGAAAUGGAACUGUGUCUUUAUCAUUAUCAUGAACAGUCGCAUUCUAAUCAACUUCACUUUAACUCUCUCAGCUAACAUAGCACGCCGAUGGGCUUCUUAGAGCUCAAGUCAUCUGACCACUCAUGCAAAUUAUUAAAUCCUUGAUUACUUGUUCCCUACACAACUCCCUUACUUCAAAUUUAACUGAUCAUCAAUGCCUUUCCUUAACAAUUCUGAAAUUUAAACUAACUUUUGAAAGUAUGUCAUUGUGGAAGAAAAUCUUGAGGUUGCUUUUCCAGAUAAAAAAAAAAGGAAAGGAAGAAGUACUUUACUGUUACGCAUUUUGGGUAUAUAAAUGUCACACUAAAUGUGCUAAUUCAGGAGCCCACAGGAUUAUCGGACUACCUGCUGAUGGUUUUGCUUUGAUUUGCAUAAUAGAAGUACAUAUCCAAUUUGUUUAAAUAAUUGGCAUUUUAAUGUGAAGUAUCAGUGUUCUCCUUUUAAAGCUGUUGAGGCCUCUGCAGCCUCAUUCAUAGUCUUAUUGUCCCGACUAAAGUAUUCUCAAUUGGUGUUUUUCUAAAGUUUUGUGAUUAGUGCAUGUUUGAAGAGAGAGUUAUUUAAACACUACUGGUUGGCAAGAUGAUGAGAAUUGCUUUUUUUUUUUGCGUUUGAGUAAAUGUUUUUCAUUUGUGUCUGUUUUGUUUUGUUUGCGUUUCCUAUGGUUGUAAAUCUGUACGAUGUCAGAGGCAGUAAGAGAACAACAACAUGCUAAUGCUAUUAGCCAUCCUGCAGAGAUUUCAAGUUGUAUGUUACUUUUAUAUUUCUUACAUGCUUACAUCAUCAGCUCAGUCUUAGCCUUCUCAUUCUGAAGAAUAAAGUUUGUGUCCGUAUCUUCGCUUGGCAACUUUUUUUGUUACAUGAUUUGUAAUUUAAAAAUAAAUUGUGUAAUUUCAUCAUCCUAAAAUGAUCAA